UGCAACACAAAACAAACAAUGGCAGUAAACCUUUUAUAUAUAGUUAGCUUAUGGUGUGUGUUUCUUAUAAUCAUGUUAAAUAAUCAAAUAAUAAGCAAACCCAUCUUCGUUUCUUGGGUUCUCUUAAUAUUAAUUUCCUUCUACUUGCACCAAAAACAAGUCUCAGCUCAAGAAGUUGAGGAUGAGAGUGAGUUUGAUUAUGUGGAUGGGAGUGAGAAAGGGCCACAACAUUGGGGAGAUUUAAAGGAAGAAUGGAGGGCAUGUAAGCAUGGGAAGUUGCAAUCUCCUAUUGAUCUAUUGAAUCUUAGAGUUAAAGUCCUUCCCAAAUUUGGAAAACUACAGAUGAACUACAAACCUGCUAAUGCCACUAUUAGGAACAGAGGCCACGAUAUUGCCGUUGUAUGGGCUGGUGAUGCUGGAUCGGCUAAGAUAAACGGCAUAAAUUACUUGCUUAAACAAUGCCACUGGCACUCACCCUCUGAGCACUCUUUCAAUGGCAGAAGGUUUGACUUGGAGCUACACAUGGUUCACGAAAGCCAUGAGGUCAAUGGAGAAAGUAAAAUUGCUGUAACUGCUCUCUUCUACAAAAUUGGCAAGCCUGAUAGAUUUCUCACCAAGUUGACCAAACACGUGACAUCCAUAGCUGAUACCAAAGAAGAGGUACACCAAGGAGUGGUUGACCCUAGAGAGUUAAGACUUGGUGGAUUCAAGUACUAUCGAUACAUUGGGUCACUCACAGUCCCUCCUUGCACUCAAGGAGUUCUUUGGGCCAUAAACAAAAGGAUAAGCACAGUUUCCAGAGUACAAGUGAGACUACUUAGAGUAGCUGUUCAUGAUUUUGCGGAGAGGAAUGCAAGACCAUUACAGCCUCUAAAUGAAAGAGAUAUCCACCUAUGUGGCCCCAUGUUUCAACCCGAAGACCUAAAACACUAAUCCAUUUAUAUAAAACAUAUGUAUAUAUAAAGUAUAUCUAUUUAUGUAUAUUAAUAAAUGUGUGUGGUCUACAUCAUUUAAGAAUAUCUUCUCUUCCUUUCCAACAAUAAAACCACAUGAGUUAUUAUACAAGAUGAAUUAUUAUAAAUAUAUGUAGUAUUGUCAAUUUCGACAUAAUGUAUUUAAUUAGAAGAAACCAUGGGUGCAUGCAAGUUUAUUACAGCAAUUGAUGAUGUUU